AUGCCCAAAUAUGAGCAGCGCCGCGUUCGCCUCAACUACCACUGGCCCGAGAUUCAGCUCAAUAUUUGGCUUAUCGUCGUGCUGGCAGGCUCAGCAACAUGUCUAGGCAUCUUCUCCUGGUUCAUGACCGUACAAUCAACAAUGGAGCUUGGGACACCCUGGCUCUUCCCCUUCAUGGUCGUAUCCAGCGCCCUAGCCGUCUUUUUCAUUUUCCUCGUCCUCGGCCUGAUCGCCCGCCAACUCUUACUACCUGGCAUCCUGAUAUUAGGAAGCUUUAUCCUCUUCGUGCUCUUCUUGACCGGCUUGGUUGAGACGUCAUUGCAGCUUUAUGGGGUGGAAGCGAAUAUCAACAGCAAUUGUCAGAUCUAUGUUGAAGAUAACAAGUCGAGGGGAAAUAAUAUCAAUACUUUGGCGUGGUUGACACAGAUUACGAUUUGUAAUUGCUGGAAAACGGCUUUUGCUAUGGAGCUUGUUAAUACCAUCUUUUAUGUGUGGAUGAUGGUGAUGUCGUGGCAGGUUCAUCGCAACUAUUAUCAUCGGUGA